AUGAGAAAUGGAGUUGUCGGGAUACGUGGACGUUUACGCAGACGAUGUACGGCAUCCUUGAACGACAGUCAAAUCUGUCCCAGCGAAGAGGAAGCACCAAUCAUCAAAAAAGAUGUUAAUAGAGCAGUCAUUCCUCAUCGUUUACCACGUGUUUCUCGAAAUGAAGCUGUUGGAGAUCUGGACAGCUUUUCUCAACGUCACGAUUUUUCUACGGACUUUACAAAAGAUAAGGAUGAUUCGGAUGGUGGACAGUAUUUGGCAAAGCGGAAAUUUUAUAUCGUUGCUGAUGGCGGAGUCCCAUCAGAAUUAUACAGAACGGAUUUAUUACAUAGAAUGAAACAAGAAGAGGAUAGCGAUGCAUCAUCGGAUGAUGAGACAGUAUUUGUAUCAAUGAGUGAUCGUUGGAAAGAGGAAUGGAAUCAUGGUGUGCAGGUUCCACUGUCUAAAAAGUUGCCAGAUUUUGUCGUUCACCAAUCUCCAUGCUCCUCCUCUGUCGUUUCACGGACACAGCCGCGAGUUUCUUUCGAAAGGCACGAUUCACUGAUCGCAGUUCAUGACCGUCGGUAUAUUGGUGAUAAACAUAGACGUGUAGUGAUGCCGAAAUUACGUAACUACCAACCAGAUCGACUUGAUCGUGCAUUUUUAUGCAAAUUAAAUGAAAAACGCAUCGCUGUUGGAUUGCCACCAAUCAGUGAAAAGGUAUUCGGCGAAGUUAUGGAUAAAUUGGAAGUUUCUUGCUGUCAGGCAAUACACAGCGAUCUCUUGUCACUUAUUGCUUCUCCCAUAGCUUCCGCAGAUGCAGAAUUUGAUGAAAAUGUUUGCUGUGAUAUAUGUCGUCAGCCGGACUAUGAAGAAGAUGAUAAAAUUAUAUUCUGUGAUGGUUGUAAUGUUGGUGUGCAUCAGUCCUGUUACGGACUCGAUUCCGUCCCAUCAGAUGAAUGGCUUUGUCAGAAAUGCAUGCUUCUGGGCUACAAUGCUCUGCCUCAGUGCGUGCUAUGCCCACUUACUGGUGGGGCAAUGAAGUGCACAAGGGAAGGUGAUGUAUGGGCACAUGUUGUUUGCGCACUUUGGAUAUAUGAAGUGCGUUUCGCGGAUGUUGUUCAUCGUGAACCAAUUGCAAAUAUUUGUGAUAUUCCUUAUGGACGGUGGAAGCUCCGAUGUUCAGUAUGUGGUACAAAACAAGGAGCUUGUAUUCAGUGUUCUAUGGAAACAUGUACAACUGCUUUUCAUGUAUGCUGUGCACUUCGUAGUGGACAGAUAAUGCAUAUAGAGCAUGAUAGCGAUGAUGGCAACGGUGACAACAAUGAUGAUAAUGUUCGUAUGAUUAGCUUCUGCAGGCAGCAUUCAAUAGAGAAAAUGUUUCAUUCCAACUUGAAAUUCUGCAACCCAGAUGCCCUUUGUACAACUGCAUUAACGCUACAAGAAAUGGAGCGCAUAUUUUUCUUAUAUGUAACUGUGGAAGGUAUUGCUGGCAUGCUGUCACUUAGCGAAGAUGUGGUUUCGGAUAUUUACGAAUACUGGAAAUUGCGUCGCAUUGAUAAUGGAUACAAAGCACUGCUGAACGAUAAGUCGGAGGUUGAGCGACAAAUAGCUCUUCGUCUACGGUCAUCCCCCUUUGCUGUUCUUCCUGGUAGACAACGGAACGAAGCGGUAAUACGGCAGAAUUUGGAAAAGGCGCGCAAUUUAUGUUAUAUGGUAGAAAAACGAGAGAAGACCAAAUUAUCUGCAUUGCAAUGCUGGAUCGAUACAUACAAAUGUGUUUAUCAGAUGUUAACUGAAAAAAAUGUUCCUUAUAGCAACAGAGUCUUAAAACGACUCAUUCAUGCGGUGAGUUCAAUGCAGCAAACAUUAUUAGACGCAGGUGAUAUUGCCACUUCACUUGGAAGUUCUCUUGUUUCAUCGCCAUCGAAGUCGCUGAGGUCACCAUCUCCUCCUCGGAAACAUCUGUCAGUGGGCAAUCGCAUUCGUGAAAGGAAUGGAUUGUCGCAUCAUUUACGAAAACAUGCUAUGCAGAAAGUUCUUUUCACUGCAGACACAUUUAUUAAAAAUUCUCAGAAAUCGUUUGCAUCGGGUCAUUAUAGUUUGCGGGCAUAA